GGCGGGGCCGCAGCGUCCUGGACCAGCGCCUGGACCCUGGCUGGUCUCGCAAUGGAGACGGCUGGAUCCGAGGGACGCUUGACUUUCAGGGAUGUGGCUAUAGAAUUCUCAUUGGCGGAGUGGAAAUGCCUGAACCCUGCGCAGAGGGCUUUAUACAGGGAAGUGAUGUUGGAGAACUACAGGAACCUGGAGGCUGUGGGAUUGACUUCUAAAGACUGUUGGUACAUGAGGAAGAAACCCGGAAGAGGAAGAGGAAAGCAAAGGAGUCAGGGAUGGCUCUUCCUCAGGGUCUGUUGACAUUCAGGGAUGUGGCCAUAGAAUUCUCUCAGGAGGAGUGGAAAUGCCUGGACCCUGCUCAGAGGACUCUAUACAGGGACGUGAUGCUGGAGAAUUAUAGGAACCUGGUCUCCCUGGAUAUCUCUUCCAAAUGCACGUUGAAGGAGGUCUCAUCAACAGCACAAGGCAAUACAGAGGUGAUCCACACAGGGACAUUGCAAAGACAUGAACGUCAUCACAUUGGAGAUUUUUGCUUCCAGGAAAUGGAGAAAGAUAUUCAUGAUUUUGAGUUUCAGUGGAAAGAAGAUGAAAGAAAUAGCCAUGAAGCACCCAUGACAGAAAUCAAAGAGUUGACAGGUAGUACAAACCGACGUGAUCAAAGGCAUGCUGAAAACAAGCCUAUUAAAGAUCAGCUUGGAUUAAGCUUUCAUUCGCAUCUGCCUGAACUCCACAUAUUUCAGACCGAAGGGAAGAUUGGUAAUCAAGUUGAGAAGUCUGUCAACAAUGCUUCCUCGGUUUCAACAUCCCAAAGAAUUUCUUGUAGGCCUAAAACCCACAUUUCUAAUAACUAUGGGAAUAAUUUCCUGAAUUCUUCAUUACUCACACCAAAGCAGGAAGUACACAUGAGAGAAAAAUCUUUCCAAUGUAAUGAGAGUGGCAAAGCCUUUAAUUAUAGCUCAGUCUUAAGGAAACAUCAGAUAAUCCAUUUAGGAGCGAAACAAUAUAAAUGUGAUGUGUGUGGCAAGGUCUUUAAUCAAAAGCGAUACCUUGCAUGUCAUCGUAGAUGUCACACUGGCAAGAAACCUUACAAGUGUAAUGAUUGUGGCAAGACCUUCAGUCAGGAGUUAACCCUUAUAUGCCAUCAUAGACUUCAUACUGGAGAGAAACAUUACAAGUGCAGUGAGUGUGGCAAGACCUUCAGUCGAAAUUCAGCCCUUGUAAUUCAUAAGGCAAUUCAUACUGGAGAGAAAUCUUACAAGUGUAAUGAAUGUGGCAAGACCUUCAGUCAAACGUCAUACCUUGUAUACCAUCGUAGACUUCAUACUGGAGAGAAACCUUACAAAUGUGAAGAAUGUGACAAAGCUUUCAGUUUCAAAUCAAACCUUGAAAGACAUAGGAAAAUUCAUACUGGAGAGAAACCUUACAAGUGUAAUGAAUGCAGCAGGACCUUUAGUCGGAAGUCAUCCCUUACACGCCAUCGUAGACUUCAUACUGGAGAGAAACCUUACAAGUGUAAUGAUUGUGGCAAGACCUUCAGUCAGAUGUCAUCUCUUGUAUACCAUCAUAGACUUCAUACUGGAGAGAAACCUUACAAAUGUGAAGAAUGUGAUGAAGCUUUCAGUUUCAAAUCAAACCUUGAAAGACAUAGGAGAAUUCAUACCGGAGAGAAACCUUACAAGUGUAAUGAUUGUGGCAAGACCUUCAGUCAGACAUCAUCCCUUGUAUACCAUCGUAGACUUCAUACUGGAGAGAAACCUUACAAAUGUGAAGAAUGUGAUGAAGCUUUCAGUUUCAAAUCAAACCUUGAAAGACAUAGGAUAAUUCAUACUGGAGAGAAACUUUACAAGUGUAAUGAAUGUGGCAAGACCUUUAGUCGGAAGUCAUCCCUUACACGCCAUCGUAGACUUCAUACUGGAGAGAAACCUUACCGGUGUAAUGAGUGUGGCAAAGCCUUUCGUGGACAGUCAGCACUUAUUUACCAUCAGGCAAUCCAUGGUAUAGGGAAACUUUACAAAUGUAAUGAUUGUCACCAAGUCUUUAGUAAUGCUACAACCAUUGCAAAUCAUUGGAGAAUCCAUAAUGAAGAGAGAUCGUACAAGUGUAAUAGAUGUGGCAAGUUUUUCAGACAUCGUUCAUACCUUGCAGUUCAUUGGCGAACUCAUAGUGGAGAGAAACCUUACAAAUGUGAAGAAUGUGAUGAAGCUUUCAGUUUCAAAUCAAACCUUCAAAGACAUAGGAGAAUUCAUACUGGAGAGAAACCUUACAGGUGUAAUGAAUGUGGCAAGACCUUUAGUCGGAAGUCAUACCUUACGUGCCAUCGUAGACUUCAUACUGGAGAGAAACCUUACAAGUGUAAUGAGUGUGGCAAGACCUUCGGUCGAAAUUCAGCCCUUGUAAUUCAUAAGGCAAUUCAUACUGGAGAGAAACCUUACAAGUGUAAUGAGUGUGGCAAGUCCUUCAGUCAGAAGUCAUCCCUUACAUGCCAUCGUAGACUUCAUACUGGAGAGAAACCUUACAAAUGUGAAGAAUGUGAUGAAGCUUUCAGUUUCAAAUCAAACCUUCAAAGACAUAGGAGAAUUCAUACUGGAGAGAAACCUUACAAGUGUAAUGAAUGUGGCAAGGUUUUUAAUCGAAAAGCAAAACUUGCACGUCAUCAUAGAAUUCAUACUGGAGAGAAACAUUAGAAAUAUGAAGAAUGUGACUAAGUUUACAGUUGCAAAUCAAGUCUCGAAAGACAGGAGAAUUCAUACUGGAGAGGCAGCUUACAAAUGUAAGAGUUUGUGACAAGAAUCUCGGGCGUGAUUCACACCUGGCACAACAAACUAGAAGUCACACUGGAGAGAAACCUUACAAGUGUACUGAGUGCGGCAAAGCCUUUAGUGGGCAGUCAACACUUAUUCACCAUCAGGCAAUCCAUGGUAUAGGGAAACUUUACUAAUGUAAUGAUUCUCACAAAGUCUUCAGUAACACUACAACCAUUGCGAAUCAUUGGAGAAUCCAUAAUGAAGAGAUAUUUUAAAAGUGUAAUAAAUGUGGCAAAUUUUUCAGACAUUGUUCAUACCUUGCAGUUCAUCGGGAAACUCAUGCUGGAGAGAUCUUACAAAUGUCAUGAUUGUGGCAAGGUCUUCAGUCUAGCUUCAUCUUAUGCAAAACAGGAGAAUUCAUACAGGAGACAAACUUCACAAGUACGAUUGUGGCAAAGCCUUUACUUCAUGUUCACACCUAAUUAGACAUCAGAGAAUCCAUACUGGACAGAAAUCUUACAAAUGUCAUCAGAGUGGCAAGGUCUUCAGUCCGAGGUCACUCCUUGCAGAAUAUCAGAAAAUUUAUUGUUGAGAUGAUAGUUCCAAAUGCAAUGAGUAUAGCAAACCAUCAAGCAUUCAUUGACGUUAGAGUCAAUUCAGCACUGACUUGAGUUUGAGUUGACUUAACAUUGAGUUCAAGCAUUAAUUGACAUUAAAGUGUUUAUGUUAAGAAGAUUGGGCCAGGCGGGGUGGCCUGUAAUCCCAGCACUUUGGGAGGCCAAGACCAAUAGAUCACUUGAGGUCAGGAGUUUGAAACCAGACUGGCCAAAACAUGAGUCACUUUUCCCAGCCUGUAUUUUGUUUCUUUAAUAAAAACUGUUGGGGGUU